AUGGGACUUCUUGAUUAUAUCUGCGUAUUGUAUUGCUCUGGCUCAGAUGACCAGCAGUUUCUCGUCAACACCAGCUGUCGGGUGGAUGUGCUUCUGCAGUACCUGAGGACUAAACUUCACAUUCCUGAUGCAGGACUGGUUGAUUUGUGUGAUGAUCAAGGCGGACUGAAACUGCUCUUUCUUUCCCAACACCAUGAGUAUGCAAACAGAUUACUUCCUGCCAGAUGCUUCUUCAUUUCCUGCAUUGUCAAACGAAGCCCAAAGGAUGGGGCCUAUGUUUCCAUCCUCCCAUUGUUGGACAAUCCAGACCAUGCUCUCCUUGAACCCUGA